AUGACCCUGGUUUCCCAGGGAGCCGAAAGACAGGUAAAUGCCUUUAAAAGCUCCAGUCAGUCAGCUGAGCCACUUCACAAGAUGGAUCACCAUAAAUAUCAAAGUCUAUUAAAAAAAAUGUAUAUGCGUUUUGUGAGAGGUCCAGAUGACAAACAUGAUUUUGCCAGCUUCCAAGAGAAAGACAGUAAUUCUUUUCUUAAAUUCAAUCCUUACAGCCCUCCUGUGGGGCCAGAUUACCCUUUAUUCCCACACCGGGACAAUGUGCCUUUAGCUGAUCCCUGCUCAGGAUUCAUGAGCCCAGGAGCUGAUGCCGAUUUGCAGCCCUACUGUGGCAGAACCAUCGACUCACUGGUGGAUUACAGUGAUGUGAAACCUCACCAGCGGGUCCCCCUCCCAAAAAAGACUGCACACACAAGGCAUGUUGUCCUGUUGGAGGAGGUGAGCCAGGACAGACGGUGGAACUCCAGGGCAAUGUCAGAUGCUUCUAUCAGGGCAAGACUUGGAGGUUGGACAAGUCCAAUGAAAGUUACUCCUGCUUCAUCUAAACAAAGAGAUUCUUUUCAAAUUCAUAGCUUUGCAUUUCAUAUGGACCCAAAACUUAAGAAAUCAAGUGAUCCUUCUGCAAGUUGGCGAGAAAAAAAAGCAAGGGACUAUUUCUACAUCUCAAGUACUCAAAAAGCUUAUGAAGAAGUUCCUUGGGAUAAGAUAUUACCACCCAAAAUCCCACAGCCAGAAUCAACAGUAGAAAUGAUGGCUGAUCCCAUCUCCCAGUGUUUUACAAUAAAGAGACACAAUCCUGCACCAGAAAUAAGCCAAGUUGUUGGGGGCCUCUGGGACAGGUUUCAAACAAGAUCUUUUACUUCACCACAAAAACCAAUUGAUUUUGUAAGCCCAAGCUCUCAAACUCAACAUAUUCCUCUCUACACUGGCUGUAUUAGUGCAGAGAAUUUUGAAGACCUAGACAACGCCAAUGUAGAUAUGAUUACUCUUGGCAGUGUUCGAACUUCAAAACCUCACUACACAAGAACUGCUCGCACUCCAAAUAUCCCUGGAUACACUGGCAAGGUUCAUUGGACAGCAACCCACCCGGCAAAUUCUAAUCUUCCAUCAACAUCCCCAUCGAUAAUUGCACAAAUGCAUGGAUACAUAGCAAAGUGUGGCCACUCGUCUCGAUUUAAUCACCAGGGCCCUUUGUCUCAAAUACUUACUCCAGUUUUUCCUCAAAAUUCUUUCAACAAGGUGGAAAGAGAAACUAUUAAGGUUUAA